AUGGCAUCUUCAAACACACCCACAUCCGAUACUUUGCUGUCCACAGCGACUGCCUAUUUCCAGGUCUUCAAUGCCUUGGAUCCAGACGUCAUAUCCCAUAUUCAAAGCGACAACUAUACUCAUCAAUUCGGCCCAGCCUCUUUGAAUAUGCCCACGCGCACAAAGGAGACGUUUGCCGCACACCUGAAAUAUCUUGCAGGUGUUCUGGAGAGCUUCACUGUUAGCAUCAAGCAAGCUUGGGUCAACCCAUCCCUGAAACAGGUGACAGUGUGGGCUGUUUCAGAAACCAAAUUCCACGACCAUGUUAAAGACAAUGACAACGCGGAAGAGUGGAAGUUCCACGGGGAGUAUAUAUUUAUUUUGGAUAUGGAUGAGACCGGAGAGAAGGUGAAGCACGUGUUUGAAUUCUUGGAUAGUAAAGCUACUGAGGAUUUAAGGCUCUUGGCCGCUAGAGCGUUCAAGAAGAAGGAAGAGGUAGAAAACAAAUAG